UUUUCUUUUUUUUUUUUUUUUUUUUUUGAAUUAUCCCCUUUUCACCUUCGCCGCCCAGUCUUGCAUUGAUUCGAAGUACGGAUGCAUUCUGGGAUAUUGGUCUGUUAUGUUUCAGGGGUGUCUCGUACUAUAUAUACAUUCCUUACCUAUAUUUAUAGGAAAUAUUGUGAUGGUCCUGAGCACCGUCUAUACAGGUAAGGAAAAGCCUUUGGCGUUAUGGGUAUGGGUGUUGCGUUUACCUCGAAUUGGCAUAGUUUCUCGACAAAGUGAUCACAUACCGCUUAGUAGAAGAGAAGAUGGAAGUGCAAACCGCAGUGUGAGAUCGGUCAGAACGAAAAAGAGACAGACAAUGGAGUAACUGGAAAUUAUCAGACACAAUCUUCGGUAGGAAAAAAAAUCAAAUCAAAAUAAAUAUAA